AUGUUAUCAAUGGCUGAAACAAGUACCUCAGCUGGUGAGACAUUGGGAGUGAAGAAACUGCAACAGCAACAGGAGCAGAUUCUACAACGACAAUCAUCGCUGUCGGAGAGCGACUCAGCAAUUGCACGCACCAUAACAACGACCUCGAACAGCAGUAGCCCCAGCUUCCAUUGCGCUGCUGGCGCAGACUCGGACUCUGAUCUCGACGGUGGCGGCGGCGAUGGUGCGGAGGAUGACGACGGUGGAGGUAGUGAAGUCGAUAAUGAAGAAGAUGAAGAUGACGAGGAAGAGGAGGAUGAGGACGACGAAUUUGACUCGGGAAGUAGUAGUCAUGAGUCCCUUCGUGACAUCUUCUGGGAUGCUCUGUUAAAGGAGCCACGUCUAAGAACAGCUGCGGAUGUGGAAGUACUUGUCGACAACGUCCAGAAGUUGCCGGCCUUCUCAAACCUGUCUGAGGGCACACGGGCUGCUCUCUGUCGCCUUAUGCUAGUUGCAGUGGUACGCGAGGCCGGCCAAGUGGUCCUAUCCGAUGGCGAAAUUCUCGAUACGUGGUCUGUCAUCCUUAACGGAACUGUUGAGGUGAGCCCUCUCUUUUUGGAUAGAGACGUAGUUGUUGAUCCAGACGGAACUAUUCGGGAACUGACAAGUGGUGAUGCUUUCGGAGUUCGCCUACCACCACCGAGCCCAGACGGUGGGAUGAGUGGAGGCGCACUGGCGGUGCAACGCCACCGAGGACAAAUGCGCACUGUGACGGAGGACUGCCAAUUCGUAUGCGUUGCUCAGGCCGACUACUUCCGCAUCAUGGCGCAAGCUGCAGAUGCUGAGGUGCCGGAGGUAGAGGAGGAUGGCGGCCGAGUGGUUCUUGUCUACGAAGACAUUCGCAAGGACGCUGGUCCCACCUCAACCGAUGCUGAAGUCGCAUCUCUUGCACCAUCUUCCUCCUCCUCUGCGAUUAUCUCACGCGUUGUCAUUAAGGGUACACCAGAGAAGCUCAUCGACCACUUGAAAUCACCAGAACCAAGCGAUCCUAGUUACCCGGAGGAUCUACUUCUUACCUACCGCACCUUUCUACCGACGCCUGCACUGCUAGUGCGCCGUCUUUUGACGUGGUGGGAGGAGGCGUCGCCCUCUGACCGCAUUUUGCGUUCCCGCAUUCAACGAUAUGUAGUGUUGUGGGUGCAUAAUCACCCUACUGAUUUUUAUGACCGUCCUGCGAUGUUGCACUUCCUGGAGGCUUUCAGUGACCUCCUCCAACGCGACAGUGGCAAUCGCCGCCUCCUUCAUCUCGCCUGUUCUACCCGUGCGCACUCUCGCACUAUUCCAGUGACCUUAACCCUAGUAGUGGCUCCCUCCUCCACCUGUCAUAUUGUAUUGCCCUGCGUGUUGGUCGGCGGUCAGGGGGAGUUUGGCAUCUUCGUAAACCAAGCAGGAGAAUUUGGUAUUGGCGCUGAUGAAGGAGGAGCAGAUGGUUAUGCAAUUCGACCGGCGCUGCGACGAGGCGAUCAGUUGCUGGCGCUACAACAGGCAAGUGUGGAAGGACUCUCCUUGGCUCAAUUGGCAUCCCUACUUGCAUCUUUAGUACUUGGCUCCAACCGACAAUCGCCUGGAACUGCCGCAACUCGAACGCUCACGUUCUCGGUCAUAUUUAACCCUUCUCGUGAGUUUUCGAUUCUUUUCUCAAAAACUUCUGAUCUGUUCUACGGUCUACCACGAUUAGUUUUGGCAUUCGAAAAUUGCUUUGAAUUCUCAUAG